UGGAGGCCCUCCCUUUCCCCCCUACAGCCGGGAGGCAGGCGCGUGACGGACAAAGGCUGCGACGCCCGGCGGUGGACGAGGCUGAGAGAGCGCCCUGAGGGAUGCCCAAGAAAUUCCAGGGGGAGAACACUAAGUCGGCAGCCGCCCGGGCAAGGAAGGCUGAGGCCAAGGCAGCGGCCGAUGCCAAGAAGCAGAAGGAGCUGGAGGAUGCCUUCUGGAAGGAUGAAGACAAACACGUGAUGAGGAAGGAGCAGCGGAAGGAGGAGCGUGAGAAGCGCCGUCUGGAGCAGCUCAGUCGGAAGAAAGAGCUUCAGCGCCUGCUGGAAGAGGAGGAUGCCACGUUGAAGGGGAAGUCGCCUAAGCCGCUAGUCCCCAAUAAGGUCACCCGAGCCCAGAUCGAUGAAACCCUCCGGAAAGACCAGAAGGAGAAUGGGGAGGCCGUGGAAAAACAGAAGAGCCACCUUGAGGUGCCCUUGGAGGAGAACAUCAACAGGAGGGUGCUGGAUGAAGGAGCCGUGGAGGCCCGGACCAUAGAAGAUGCCAUUGCCGUGAGCGUCGCCGACGACGACCUGGACCGCCACCCCGAGCGCCGGAUGAAAGCCGCCUUCGCCACAUUUGAGGAGGCAAACCUUCCCCGUCUCAAGCAGGAGAACCCCAACAUGCGCCUCUCCCAGCUCAAGCAGCUGCUCAAGAAGGAGUGGAUGCGAUCCCCCGAAAACCCCAUGAACCAGAGGCACACGGCCUACAACAGCCAGAAAUGAGACUCAGGGAGGGAGCGGGGCAGGCAAGCGUGUGCAGGAG